CUCCUUUUCCAACAUGGCUGCUCUGCCUGCGCUCUCAAGUAUCGCACAGAUUGGAGACUGACUCGAUCUCUUCCUUACAGUGCCUCUUUAUUUUUGGUGUACAUCAAAUUCGUUUGGAUGCAAAUCUCGUUCUACACUUCGCUGCUCCUCCUGGUUUUAUUUAGUGGAAUAACCUUCACCAAUUACUCCUUCCAGUGGGCCCUUUUAUCCUCAAAACAACUAACUGCCAGCCAACAACUGUUUCCAGUGCAAUGGUUUGAGUUGGUGUACUUAGUUUGCCGCUUCAUGAACAAUGUGUGAAAACUGCGCCGAGCUGGUGGAGGUUUUAAAUGAAAUAUCAGAUGCAGACAGCAGUGAAGGAAGCUUUCAGCUGAAGAAGGAACAUGCGCUCCGAGUGCUGGGCUACAUCAGCUCCUGGACUCAGAGGCAAUGUCUCUGCUGCUUCAAGGAGUACAAGCAUUUGGAAGUUUUUAACCAGCUAGUCUAUGCCCUCAUCAAUCUGGUCAUUGCUCAGAUCAGCAGCCUGAGAGAGAGACUCUUCAGCGUUGAGGACCACACUCACAAAAGAGGCGUAUCUGGGGCAGAGGGGGUGGGGUCUGAAUGGAGUGGAGGUGAAACCGCACCUGUCACCCUCCCCCAGCCACACUCACCUGGUGAAGACGAGCCUGUGAAUGUGGAAAGAGACUCUGCUGAAGAGGAUGCUGAUACGCCAGACCUAAACCAGAACAAGCCCCAGCCCCAGGAUCAGGGCCAGAACCAGUCUGCUGAAUCUCAAGUAGAUGUUCUUGGAUCUGGGGAUGCCAGCAUUGAAUCCAGGAGUGGUGACGAUGUGGCAUGUGGCAUUGAAAGUAACCAGGACAGUCAAGAUCCCUUCAGCUCCUGGAGCACGGAGGAGAGGGAGAAACUGUUGCUAUGUGCAGCCAAGAUCUUCCAGAUCCAGUUCCCCCUCUACACAGCUUACAAACACAACACACAUCCCACCAUAGAGGACAUAUCGGCUCAUGAAAGCAACAUCCUCGGCUCCUUCUGUGACAUGAAUGAUGUGGAGGUACCUUUGCAUCUGCUGCGCUAUGUCUGCCUGUUCUGUGGGAAACACGGCCUCUCCCUGAUGAAGGAGUGCUUCGAGUUUGGCACUCCAGAGAGCCUCCCCUUCCCUAUCGCCCACGCCUUCAUCACCAUAGUUUCUAAUAUCCGAAUAUGGUUGCACAUUCCUGCCGUCAUGCAACACAUCAUACCGUUCCGGACCCAUGUGAUACGGUAUCUGUGUAAGCUGUCGGACCAGGAGCUGCGACAGAGUGCAGCACGCAAUAUGGCAGACCUGAUGUGGAGCACGGUGAAGGAACCACUGGACAGUGCACUGUGCUUUGAUAAGGAGAGCCUGGAUCUUGCCUUCAAAUAUUUCAUGUCACCCACUCUCACGAUGAGAUUGGCCGGACUUAGCCAAAUCACAAAUCAGCUCCACACCUUCAACGAUGUGUGUAACAACGAGUCCCUGGUGUCUGACACAGAAACGUCCAUAGCAAAGGAACUAGCCGACUGGCUGAUCCACAACAAUGUAGUGGAGCACAUAUUUGGCCCAAAUUUGCACAUUGAGAUCAUUAAACAGUGCCAAGUGAUCCUGAACUUCUUGGCUGCAGAGGGCCGGCUCAGCACACAGCACAUAGACUGUAUCUGGGCUGCAGCUCAGUUAAAACAUUGCAGCCGCUACAUCCACGACCUUUUCCCGUCUCUCAUUAAAAACCUCGAUCCUGUGCCUCUCCGUCAUGUCCUCAACCUGGUAUCAGGCCUGCAUCCGAGCACUCACACCGAGCAGACACUGUACUUGGCCUCUAUGCUGAUUAAGGCCCUCUGGAAUAAUGCCUUGGCAGCAAAAGCCCAGCUCUCCAAACAAAGCUCCUUCGCCUCCCUGCUUAACACCAACAUCCCCAUGGGCAACAAGAAAGGUUCACCGGCCGCAAGUCCAGACAGCAGUGACAAUAGCGACACACAACACAGUGGAGGCAGCGACAUGGAGAUGGAUGACCAGAUGAUGACUGGCAGCAAGAGGAAUCAGCAAAGACUAUCUGACACAGAGGAGUCUAUGCAGGGCAGCUCAGAUGAAACUGCCAACAGCGUGGAGGAAGGCAGCAGCGGACCAGGCAGCAGCAGUGGCCGCAGCGAGGCUUCCAGCAACGAAGCCGCCUCUAGUCGAGCCAGCCAGUCAGCUGGGAGCCCAGGCAGCGAGCUGCACUCUGAUGACAUGGCAGAUAGCGAGGCCUUAAAGGAGGAGGAGGAGGAUGAUGAAGAAGAAGACGAAGAGGAGGAGGAUGAUGACGAUGAAGAAGAUGAAGAUGAGGGUAACCGCUCAGCUGCUGAAGGUGGGCACCAAAAGGAGCCCCGGGAGCAGACUGAGUCAAGGAAAAGGAAAGCCGGGGAUGCUCUUGGUGAGGGGGCAGGGCCGAGUGGCCCAGGGGGAGGAGCCAAAUCCAAGGUUCUCCCUUUCAACCCAGAAACUUCUGCUAUUAUGGUAACAGCGGCGACAGCGUCUCUAGAGAGCCACAUGAGAAUGCUUGACACUUGUUCAGCAUCGUCAUCUGCUCGGCCUGAUGGGACAGAGACCCAGCAGCAGCCGCCAGAUAUCAGCCCUUCUCAGAUUGUCCAGGGACCUCAGGAGCCUCCCUGUCUCCCGCGACCCGGGGACUUCCUAGGAGAGGCCAUGAGCAGUGAACUCUUCAACUGCCGUCGUUUCAUUGGCCCUCAGCACCACCACCACCAUCACCACCAUCAUCAUCACCACCACCACCAUCAUGAAGGACCCAUGGUGGAGGACAUGCUGAGUGCUGAUGACGUUAGCUGCAGCAGCUCUCAGGUCAGUGCGAAGUCAGAGAAGAACAUGGCUGAUUUUGACGGGGAGGAAUCGGGCUGUGAGGAGGAGCUAGUCCAGAUAAACUCCCAUGCUGAGCUCAGCUCCCACCUGCAGCAGCACCUUCCCAACUUGGCCUCCAUUUACCAUGAGCAUCUGGUGCAAGGUCCAGCUGUUCAUAAACAUCAGUACUCAAGCAGCCAUGCUGUGACUGACAUCAACUUGGAUAAUGUUUGUAAGAAGGGCAACACUCUGCUCUGGGACCUGGUACAAGAUGAAGAUGCGAUUCAUCUCUCUGAAGGUCUUAUCAAUGAAGCUGAGAAACUGCUGUGCUCGCUGGUCUGCUGGUUCACUGACAGACAGAUUCGAAUGCGCUUUAUCGAGGGUUGCCUUGACAACUUGGCCCAUCACCGGUCAGUUGUGGUUUCCUUGCGUCUACUCCCUAAACUUUUUGGCACUUUCCAGCAAUUUGGCUCCAGCUAUGACACUCAUUGGAUCACCAUGUGGGCUGAAAAGGAGCUGCACAUGAUGAAACUGUUUUUCGACAACCUGCAACACUACAUCCAAGAAGUCAGAGAACACCGGCACAAAUUUGCACUGUACAGUCACAGUGCAGAGGUCCAGGUCCGUCUGCAGUUCCUUACCUGUGUCUUUUCCACACUGGGAUCUCCCGACCACUUCAGACUGAGUCUGGAGCAAGUGGACAUUCUGUGGCACUGUCUGGUGGAGGACGCUGAAUGUUACGAUGAUGCGUUGCACUGGUUCCUCAACCAGGUCCGCAGCAAAGACCAGCAUGCUAUGGGCAUGGAGACCUACAAACAUCUCUUCCUGGAGAAGAUGCCACAGCUGAAACCAGAGACUAUCAGCAUGACAGGCCUCAACCUCUUUCAGCACCUUUGUAACCUGGCCCGGCUUGCUACUACUGCGCUGGACAACGCCUCUAGCUGUGAGCUGUGUGGGAUGGACCAGCUGUGGGGGAUCGCUCUGAGAGCUCAAUCUGCUGAUAUCAGCCGCGCUGCUAUACAGUACAUCAACUCCUACUACAUCAAUGCUGGUAAAACAGGACUGGAGAAGGAACAAGAGUUCAUAAGGAAAUGUAUGGAGAGCCUCCUGAUGGCUUCUGCCAACUUGGAGAAGGAUGCUCACUCCAGUCUGACCAGCAUUGAGAGGGGGUUGCUCAUGCUCAAAACACAUCUGGAGGCGUUCCGGCGCAGGUUUGCUUACCACCUGCGACAGUGGCAGAUCGAGGGGACGGGAAUCAGCAGCCACCUUAAAGCUUUGAGUGACAAACAGUCUCUACCUCUUAGGAUCGUCUGUCAGCCCGCCGGCCUGCCUGACAAGAUGACCAUUGAGAUGUAUCCCAGUGACCAAGUAGCUGACCUGCGAGCUGAGGUGACCCACUGGUACGAGAACCUGCAGAAGGAGCAGAUGAACCACCAGGCUCAGCUGCAGGAAUUUGGCCAGAGUGGCCGGCAGCCAGGAGACUUCCCAGGUGGUUUGAUGGGACCGGUCAGGAUGAUCUCUUCUGGUCAUGAACUUACCACAGACUAUGAUGAGAAGACUCUGCAUGAGCUGGGCUUUAAAGACAUGCAGAUGGUAUUUGUGUCUCUGGGAGCUCCGCGGAGGGAGAGGAAGGGCGAGGGCAUCCAAUUGCCUGCCUCCUGUCUUCCACCUCCUCAGAAAGAGCACAUUCCUAUGCUACUGCUCCUUCAGGAGCCACAUCUCACCACACUCUUCGACCUGCUGGAGAUGCUGGCUUGCUUCAAACCACCCAGCCCAAACACAGAGAAGGUCCAGGAGAGCCCAGAGAGCGCACGAUGCGAGGAGCUUCACCUUCACGCAGAGAAUUUGUCUCGUCGAGUUUGGGAGCUGCUCAUGCUGCUUCCCACCUGUCCCAAAAUGUUGCAGGCCUUCCAGAACAUCUCAGAUGAUACGAAUGGCGAGGGUUUGUGUUGGAAGGAGCUGCUGAGGAUUAAAAGUCCUCACAAGCUGCUGUACGCUCUAGAGAUCAUCGAGGCUCUGGGAAAGCCCAAUCGACGCAUCCACAGAGAGUCAACAUUCUUGCUUGUUCGUUCCCAGGGCAGCUAUAGUGACCUGUAUCCAGACUCGGACGACUCCAGUGAGGAUCAGAUAGAAAACAGCAAAAACACCUGGAGCUGCAAGUUUGUUUCAUCUGGAGGUUUGCAGCUGCUUUUGGAAAUUUUUAAUUCAGGCAUCCUCGAACCCAAAGACCAAGAAUCCUGGACAGUGUGGCUGCUGGACUGUCUGGCCUGCCUGCUGAAGCUGAUCUGCCAGUUUGCUGUAGACCCUGCAGACCUGGAUUUAGCCUACCACGAUGUCUUCUCCUGGUCAGGCCUCUCCGACAGCCAACGUAAAAGGGCAUGGCCAGGCAAAUCGCGCAAAUCCACUGUAGAUCAUGGCAAAGGCCUGCACAUCCCUCGACUGACUGAAGUGUUCCUCAGCCUUGUUCAAGGCACCAACCUGAUCCAGCGACUAAUCAAUGUGGCCUACACUUACGACAACCUUGCACACAGAGUUCUGAAGGCUCAGUCUGACCACAGGUCUCGACACGAAGUGACUCACUAUUCCAUGUGGCUGCUGGUGAGCUGGGCUCACUGCUCUUCAACAGUGAAGUCCAGUCUGGCUGACAGCGACCACCUCCACGACUGGCUGAAAAAACUCACCCUUCUGAUUCCUGAGCCGGCAGUGAGACACGAGGCAUGUAAUGGCCUGUACAAGUUGUCUCUGUCAGGUUUGGAGGGAGGAGAGUCCAUCAACAGAUCCUUCCUGCUGCUUGCCGCCUCCACACUGCUCAAGUUCCUGCCUGACGCCCAGGCCCUCAAACCACUAAGGGUCGAAGACUAUGAAGAGGAGCCUCUGUUAAGGACGGGCUGUAAGGAAUACUUCUGGCUGCUCUGCAAACUCAUCGAUAACAUCCACGUUAAAGAUGCGAGCCAGAAGGUCUCUCCCUCUCUGUCGCUGGCCGGCUCGAUGCAGACCACCCUGCUGGACCUGGAUGCUCUUGCCCGACAUCUUGCCGACUGCAUUAGGAGCCGUGAGAUCUUGGACCAACAAGAUGGAACAAUCGAAGACGAUGGCCUGACAGGGCUCCUUCGUCUUGCCACCAGCGUCCUCAAACACAAGCCUCCUUUUAAGUUCUCCCGUGAGGGGCAGGAGUUUCUGAGGGAUGUCUACAACCUCCUCUUCCUCCUCCCCAGUCUGGUUGACCGUGCUCAGCCCAAGUGCAAGUCCCACGCUGCAAGGGCCGCCGCCUAUGAUCUGUUGGUGGAGACGGUGAAGGGCUCAGUAGAAAACUAUCGGCUGCUCCAUAAUUGGGUCAUGUCUCAGCACAUGCAAGGCUCUCAUGCUCCAUACAAGUGGGACUACUGGCCCCAUGACGACGUCCGGGCUGAGUGCCGCUUCGUGGGUCUGACCAACCUGGGAGCAACAUGCUACCUGGCCUCUACCAUUCAGCAGCUCUAUAUGAUCCCUGAGGCCCGCCAGGCUGUCUUCACUGCCAAGUACGCUGAAGAUAUCAAACACAAGACAACACUGCUGGAGCUGCAGAAGAUGUUCACAUAUCUCAUGGAGAGUGAGAGAAAAGCAUACAACCCCCGGCCAUUUUGUAAAACCUACACAAUGGACAAACAGCCUCUUAACACCGGCGAGCAGAAAGACAUGACAGAGUUCUUCACCGACCUCAUCACCAAGAUAGAAGAGAUGUCCCAGGAGCUGAAAAACACAGUGAAGACUCUGUUUGGAGGUGUCAUCACCAACAAUGUGGUGUCUCUGGACUGUGACCAUGUCAGUCAGACUGCAGAGGAGUUCUACACAGUCAGAUGUCAGGUGGCAGACAUGAAGAACAUCUAUGAGUCUCUGGAUGAAGUGACCAUCAAAGACACUCUGGAGGGUGACAACAUGUACACCUGCUCACAGUGUGGAAAGAAAGUCCGCGCAGAGAAAAGGGCCUGCUUUAAGAAACUGCCUCGUAUCCUGAGCUUCAACACAAUGAGAUACACCUUUAACAUGGUGACCAUGAUGAAGGAGAAGGUCAACACCCACUUCUCCUUCCCCCUGCGCCUCGACAUGACGCCUUACACUGAGGAUUUCCUCAUGGGCAAAGGGGAGCGCAAAGAGGGUUUUCGAGAGGAGGGUGAAGCAAAGGUCACAGAGAGCUAUGAGUAUGACCUCAUUGGCGUCACUGUGCACACGGGCACAGCAGAUGGCGGCCAUUACUACAGCUUCAUCCGGGACAUUGUCAACCCCCAUGCCUACAAGAACAAUAAAUGGUACCUUUUCAAUGAUGCAGAGGUAAAACCCUUUGACUCAGCUCAGCUGGCCUCUGAGUGCUUUGGUGGAGAAAUGACGACUAAAACCUACGACUCUGUCACUGACAAGUUUAUGGACUUCUCCUUUGAGAAGACACACAGUGCCUACAUGCUCUUCUACAAGAGAGUGGAACCGGAGGACGACAGUGGGAAGGACGUUAGUUUUGAUGUCUCUCCUGAUCUACUUGAGUGGAUUUGGCACGACAACAUGCAGUUUCUGCAGGAUAAAAACAUAUUUGAACACACCUACUUUGGCUUCAUGUGGCAGCUCUGUAGCAGCAUCCCCAGCACCCUGCCAGACCCCAAAGCUGUCUCCCUCAUGACUGCCAAGCUCAGCACAUCCUUUGUCCUUGAGACUUUCAUUCACUCCAAGGAGAAGCCCACCAUGCUGCAGUGGAUUGAACUGCUGACCAAACAGUUCAACAACAGCCAGGCCGCCUGCGAGUGGUUUUUAGACCGGAUGGCUGAUGACAACUGGUGGCCGAUGCAGAUCCUAAUAAAGUGUCCCAAUCAGAUUGUCAGACAGAUGUUCCAGAGGUUGUGUAUUCACGUUAUCCAGAGGUUGCGGCCAGUUCAUGCUCAUCUCUACCUGCAGCCUGGCAUGGAGGAUGGCUCUGACGACAUGGAUGGACCAGUGGAGGAUAUCGGCAGCCGGUCCUGUGUCACUCGCUUUGUUAAGACCCUCCUCUCUAUCAUGGAGCACGGCGUCAAGCCUCACAGCAAACACCUGACUGAGUACUUCGCUUUUCUGUAUGAGUUUGCCAAGAUGGGCGAGGAGGAGAGUCAGUUCUUGUUGUCACUACAAGCCAUUUCUAUCAUGGUGCAUUUCUACAUGGGAACAAAAGGCCCUGAGAAUCCUCAGGUAGAGGUGCUGUCAGAGGAGGAAGGAGAGGAGGAGGACGAGGAAGAAGACAUCUUGUCUCUGGCUGAAGAAAAAUAUCGUCCUGCAGCUUUGGAGAAAAUGAUCGCACUCAUUGCUCUGCUGGUGGAGCAGUCUCGCUCUGAGAGACAUCUGACUCUGUCCCAGAGCGACAUGGCAGCGCUGACUGGAGGGAAGGGCUUCCCUUUCCUCUUCCAGCACAUCAGAGAUGGCAUCAACAUCAGGCAGACCUGUAACCUUAUAUUUAGCCUCUGUCGCUAUAAUAACCGGCUGGCUGAACAUAUUGUGUCGAUGCUCUUCACCUCAAUUGCAAAGCUGACUCCUGAGGCUGCCAAUCCUUUCUUCAAGCUGCUAACAAUGUUGAUGGAGUUUGCGGGUGGACCUCCGGGGAUGCCUUCCUUUGCUUCCUACAUUCUCCAAAGGAUCUGGGAGGUGAUUGAGUACAAUCCAUCCCAAUGUCUGGACUGGCUGGCUGUGCAGACUCCCAGGAACAAACUGGCCCACAGCUGGGUGCUGCAGAACAUGGAGAACUGGGUAGAACGCUUCCUGCUGGCACACAACUAUCCCCGAGUCCGCACGUCUGCUGCAUACCUCCUGGUCUCCCUCAUCCCCAGCAACUCCUUUCGACAGAUGUUCCGCUCCACACGCUCCCUCCACUUGCCGACCCGUGAGCUCCCACUGUCCCCCGACACCACCGUGGUUCUCCACCAGGUCUACAACCUGUUGCUAGGGCUGCUGGGACGUGCCAAGCUGUAUGUGGAUGCCAGUGUUCAUGGUACUACCAAACUGGUGCAGUAUUUCAGCUUCAUGACUUACUGCCUCAUCUCCAAGACGGAGAAACUCAUGUUCUCUGGCUACUUCAUGGACCUCUGGAACCUCUUCCAGCCGAAACUGUCAGAGCCAGCCAUUGCAACCAACCACAACAAGCAGGCACUGCUGUCCUUCUGGUACAACGUUUGUGUGGAUUGUCCGGAGAACGUCCGGCUAGUGGUGCAGAACCCUGUGGUGACCAAAAACAUUGCCUUCAACUAUAUCUUGGCUGACCACGAUGACCAGGAGGUGGUGCUAUUCAACCGCGGCAUGCUCCCUGCCUACUAUGGCAUCCUGCGCAUGUGCUGUGAGCAGUCGACUGCUUUCACCCGCCAACUAGCAUCACACCAAAACAUCCAGUGGGCCUUCAAGAACUUGACUCCACAUGCCAGCCAGUAUCCAGGGGCAGUGGAGGAACUGUUCAAUUUAAUGCAGCUGUUUGUGGCACAGCGAGCUGAGAUGAGGGAAGAAGAAGUGGAGGACAUUAAACAAUUUAAGAAGACCACUAUUAGCUGCUACCUCCGCUGUCUGGAUGGGCGCUCCUGUUGGACCACACUUAUCAGUGCCUUCAGAGUUCUGCUGGAGAAUGAUGAGGACCGACUGUUGGUAGUCUUCAACAGAGGACUUAUCCUAAUGACUGAGUCCUUCAACACUCUGCACAUGAUGUACCAUGAGGCGACAGCAUGCCACGUCACUGGAGACUUGGUGGAGCUGCUCUCCAUCUUUCUUUCUGUCCUCAAAGCCACCAGGCCAUACCUGCAGCGCAAAGAUGUGAAACAGGCUCUGAUCCAGUGGCAGGAGAGGAUCGACUUUGCCCACAAGCUUCUCACUCUGCUGAACUCUUAUAGCCCACCUGAGCUCCGCAGCGCCUGCUUGGAUGUGCUGAAGGAACUCGUUCUGCUGAGUCCACAUGACUUCCUGCACACUCUAGUCCCCUUCUUACAACACAACCACUGCACAUACCACCACAGCAAUAUCCCCAUGUCGUUUGGCCCUUACCUGCCAUGCAGAGAGAACCUCAAACUUAUGGGAGCCAAAAACAACAUCCGACCUCCAAGACCGGAGCUGAACAUGUGUCUGCUGCCUUCACUGGUGGAGAGCAGCAAGGGUAAAGAUGAGGUGUACGAUCGAAUGCUGCUGGAUUAUUUCCUGUCCUACCAUAAGUUCAUUCACUUGCUGUGUCGCGUUGCCAUCAACUGUGAGAAAUUCACAGAUACACUUGUCAAGCUAAGUGUGUUGAUAGCGUAUGAAGGACUUCCCCUCCAUCUUGCGCUUUUCCCCAAACUGUGGACAGAGCUCUGUCAGUCACAGUCUGUAAUGGCUAAAACUUGUGUGAAGCUCCUCUGUGAAGACCCAGCCUUCAGCGAGUACAUUAAAUGUAUCCUAAUGGACGAGAGGGCCUUUCUGAACAACAGUGUGGCCUACACCUUCCUUAACUGCUUUUUGCACAAGGUCCAGGUUUUGUCUGGUCCCAGCUGCUCCAACCUCAUUGGUGUUUUGGUGACAAACCUGCUGAGUGAACGGAGCAGUCUGCAGCCUGAACUGGCAGCUCAUCGCCUGGAGCUUAACAAGACCAGCAGCCUGCUCAAUGCUGACCUGAGGGCAUUGAUGUUGCUGUUGUCUGUGCAGCCUUCUCAGGCCAUUGACCCAGCUUUCCUCCCAGCCCUGCAGGAGCUUCUGAGCUGCUGUCGUGCUUGUCUCCAGCAACGCAGCACUCUAGAGCUGGAGGCCAAAGACCACAAAUGCAAAGCUGAGGAUGAAGGGGCGACCCCGGUGAAGCGGCGGAGGGUGAGCGGUGAUGACGACAGAGCCGGAGAUGGAGGAGCCCAGCUCUACGCUGCCUCCACCUCCUCUUCAACUCUUCCACCCUGCAGUGAUCCAAAGCCUGACCAACAGGAGGCGCUAACACCCACAAGCACCUCAGACACGGAAACACGAGAUUCCUCAUCACUGAUCGACCCAGGCACUGAGCAGGACCCGCCCUCUCCUGACCCCAUGCCCACCUCCUCUAGAAAUCUGGACUCCUCUCCCAAAGAGGAAAAGAUGGAGGCCUCUUCGUCGUCAUCCUCCUCGUUUUCCUCCUCCUCCUCCUCCCUGCUGCAGGAGACGGGAGAGGGGUUUGUCCAGGGGGAGGAGCCUGAGCUGCAGCAACAUGUGGUGCCACGCGAGGAGACCGACGAGGUGGGAGAUCAACGGGAGGGGAGAAGGGAUGAGGCCGUGUCUACCUGCUCAGAGGAGGUGAAGGAAGAGAAGGAGAUGAGCUCUAAGACCAGCAGCAGCCCGGCCCCACCCCUUUCAGAGGAUGCUGCUUUCCCAUCAGGGCUGGUGGGGGAGGGUCCAGAUGGCUGUGGCAGCCACUCCUCCUCCUCACAGAUGUUCCAGAGCGUUGGCCCCCCACCUGACACGCUGGAUAUGCUGUACAGGACAGUGGAAGCCACCAUUGCCAUUGUUACCAAACUGUCUAUUAAAGGCCAGCCCUCUUCAUGACAUCAUCAACUCACCACCACCAUAUCUUGAAUUCCCUCCCCCCCUUUUUUUUCUCUGCUAUGGACGUCUGACUUCAGCUCAGAGGAAACAAACUUUCUCCUGUUCAUUAGGUUUCUUCUUCUUCUGCUGUUUUUGUGCUGCUGUUUGUUGCCUUCUGCCGAUGUUCAGUCGGACGCUUUCUCCAGCUUCAGUGGCUCCCGCCGCUCUUCGCAUUAUAAGUUUGCGACUCCACACAGAGCCAACAUCUCCUUUGAGAAAUAAAGAAGAAAAGCAGAAAAAGUCGUACAGACUACAGCACAUUUUUUUUUAAAGGGUGGGUGGGUGAGUGGGCUUGGUGGGUUUUUUUGUUUCUGUUUUUUUGUUGGUGUGUUUUAUACUGAUUUUAUUUGAGCUUUGCUGUAAAGGGGAAAGGUUUACAGAACUUUUGUCUCCUCUGUAUGUAAUUUAAUUUUAUUGCAUUUUUACUGUGUAUAAAAACAAACAAAAAAAAAACAAACAAAAAAAAAGGUUGUCCUCUGUGCCAGUUUUGUACUUUAUGAACAAGGCAAGAAAAGUUGCCUUGAGUUUUUCUGUGGUUUAAUUAUCCAGAAACUAAGUUUACCUGUAAAUGAAGAGAACCACAAGAAACUUGAUUCUGUAAAGAAUCCUCUCUAGUCAUUGCCUGAAGGUGUAUAUGAA